AAUAAUAACAAGUCUGGUGGACGACAUUUUUACACCAACCAAGAUUUUUUUAUCUAUCUGAAAAUUUCAAAUUUUUUUUUAAAAUAUCUCAAACGCAGAGAGAGAGAGACUGAGAAACUCUGUGAGAAAUGGAGAGAAACACACCAGUGAGAAAGCCUCACACAUCCACCGCCGAUCUGCUAACCUGGUCGGAAGUCCCUCCGUCUGAAUCUCCGGCCACCGUUUCCGGCGCUCGCUCUCACCAGCCGUCCGAUAAGAUCAGCAAAGUCCUCCAUGGAGGUCAGCUCACUGACGAAGAAGCUCAGAGCCUAUUGAAAAAGAAGCCAUGUUCAGGAUAUAAAUUAAAAGAAAUUACUGGUAGUGGUAUAUUUGCGGCCAACAGUGAGGAUGGUACAUCGGAAUCUGAUUCGGCCAAAACAGGACUCCGUGUUUAUCAGCAGGCUGUGAAUGGAAUUAGCCAAAUUUCAUUCAGCACGGAAGAGAGUGUUUCACCCAAGAAGCCUACCUCUCUCCCUGAGGUAGCAAAGCAGCGUGAAUUAAGUGGGACAUUGCAAAGUGAGUCAGACUUAAAGAAUAAGAAGCAAAUAUCAAAUGCCAAGAAUAAGGAGCUCAGUGGACACGACAUCUUUGGACCUCCUCCUGAAAUUGUACCUCGGUCAGUGGCUGCUUCACGCACCUCAGAAUCAAAAGAAAGUAGAGACAUGGGGGAACCUGCACCUCGAAAUUUACGCACGUCUGUCAAAGUUUCAAAUCCUGCUGGAGGUCAAAGUAAUAUUAUGUUUAGUGAAGAACCGACUGUCAAGACAGCAAAAAAAAUACAUAACCAGAAAUUUGCCGAGCUGACAGGCAAUGAUAUUUUUAAGGGAGAUGUUCCUCCUGGAUCUGCUGAAAAGCCACUGAGCACAGCUAAGCUGAGAGAAAUUAGUGGCAGUAACAUCUUUGCUGAUGGGAAGGCAGAGUCGAGAGACUAUCUUGGAGGUGUCCGCAAGCCCCCUGGUGGUGAGAGCAGCAUUGCUUUGGUUUAAAUAAUGAGUAUAUGCUGGUUUCUUCAUAUCCCUUUAUGAUGAACUCUUGUAUUGACUGAUAGACCUUUCAUGCUUGAUGAGGAUUAAGAAUGUGGGUUUUGGAGUGAAUGAGUACUGUUAUAUUUUUACAUUAUUAGGGUUUAACAUCCAUAUGAAUAUGGGAUGGCUGGUUAGUUGGGUUAUUUGUGUUUCAAGUUUCAACUAUGUAUUUACCUAUGAACUAGGUAAUAUUUUAGGGAACCUUACAUUUUCUAUAAUUUGAUCCUAAUAUUAACAUA